AUGAUGAGCAAGAUUUCAGGUGUGAGUGGAGGACACCAAGCUGGUGAAGAAGAUGACAGCAGGACAAACCCCAAGAAAAGCCCAAAUUAUUCAUCUGCAUCAACAAAGUCCCACUUCUGGGCUGUGUAUAAAGGAGGUGCUCAGGGCUGUCAGAUCAGAGGGGCCUGUUUUCAGUUGCAUGCUCUGCUGUCCUCUAGCAUCCUCUCCUCCAUCACAACUGCCAGCAUGAGUCAACAGCUGUCAGCUGGAAGGUCUUUUCAUGGAAGAAAGAUCUUCUUAUCAUCUUCUGCUGCGAGUGGCAUGAGCUGCUACCGAAGCAGCACUUUCCCCUCUGCUGUGCUAUUUGGAAGAGGUUAUGGAGCCUGGAGCCACGGCAGCCAAAGCCUCCGAAACACAGAUGGAUGUAAAUGGAUUUCUUCUGGCCAAAGACUCGAACAGGGGGUCUGUGGAGACUGGGGGUGCAGGGGCAUCCAUACCAACACUGAAGGUGGGAGUCACGGGUUAGGUUUCCAGAGCAGGAGCUGCAAAAGCGAAGGUAUUUGUGUGGUGCAUGUCAACAAGAGCCUGCUCCAACCUCUUGAUGUGAGGAUCAACCCCGAAAUCCAGCACAUCCAAAAGCAGGAGGGAGAGCAGAUGAAGAGCCUCAAUAACCUGUUUGCCUCUUUGACUGACAAGGUACAGCAGCUGAAGCAGCAGAACAGGGUGUUGGCCACCAAAUGGGACCUACUCCAAAAGGAGGUCCAGCCAUCCCAGAAGAAGAUCAAGCAUGUCUUCAACAACUUCAUCUGCAGCCUGCAGAAGCAGCUUGACUCACUGCUGCAUGAGAGGGGGCAGAUGGAGACCGAGCUGAAUGACAUGGGGAAGCUCGUUGAAGAGUUCAGAUGCAAGUACCAGCAGGAAGUGAACAGACACACAGCUGCCGAGAAUGAGCUUGUGACACUGAAGAAGGAUGCAGACUGUGUCUAUCUGGCCAAGGGAGAGAUGGAAGCAAAGAUAGAAACCCUAAAGCAGAAGCUAGAGUUCCUGAAAUGUGUUUCUGCUCAGGAAGUCACUGAGCUGGAAAGAAGCCCCCGGGACACCUCUGUCAUUGUGAAAAUGGACAACAGCCAACGUCUGGACAUGGAGGGCAUCCUCAGGACCGUUGAGUGCUGGUAUGAGGACACAGAUCAGAAGAGGAGAGCAAAGUUGGAUGCAUUGUACAGAACCAAGUUCCAAAAGCUUGAGGAGGCAAGGAGGAGAGAUAGCAAUGGUCUGGAGUCCUACCAGCAACAGAUUGAAGAACUGAGUUUUGUAAUCCAGAGGAGGUGGUGUGACCUUGAAAACGUGAAGAAGCAGGUGUCCUCUCUGCAAACAUCAGUUUGUGAUACUGAGCAGCGUGGGGACUGUGCCCUCAAAGAUGCCCGGGAGAAGGGCGCUGAGCUGCAGAAUGCCCUCCAGAAGGCCAAGGAUGAGCUGGCUUGCAUUCUGCGGGAUUACCAGGAGCUGCUGAAUGUCAAGCUGGCCCUGGAUAUUGAGAUCGCAACGUGUAAGACUCUACUGGAGGGUGAAGAGAGCAGGAUACGCCUUGGGAGGCCUGUCAGAGUGUUAAUCACCACCCCUUGCAACACCAUCUCUGGCUGCAAAGCUGACCUGGGUUGUGGAUCUGGUAGGCAGUCCAGAAGAUUCGAGUCCGCCUGUAGCAUUGGUAGAACAUCCCUACCCGAAGAUGCUGGUGCCUGCCACGGAGGAUUCACCCCCAGAAGCAUUGCCAGCUCUAGACUGCCAGAAGAUGAACCAAAAAGGUCUCUGACAUCCAGCUUGGUAGAAGCUUCAAUAUAG